AUGUGUAUCAUGUGGUUCGUAGCGCACAACGACGGCCCCCGCGUGCACGAUAUCGGUUCCUGGCACUGCGCCCAUCUCGACUGCCCUGGAACGCUGGAAUAUCACCAUAAGUGCGUGCUCGUAGAACCCCGCGCCGACUGUGCAGAGUGUCUGAAGGCAGAUGGCGAUCAGGUGGAUCAAGAGGUAUGUGCGUAUCCUGCUAUUCCGCAUUGCGAGUUGGCGUACGUGGAAGGAACCGGUUGGGUCAAGGGUGCUGAGGAAGAGAACGUUGCGGCUGGAGGACAAAACCAAGAGGAGGACGAUGACGAGGUCGGCUCAUACCACAGCUUCCGAAGCCUCUCGGACGUCGACAGUAUCACAUCACAUUGGCGUCUGGAUCCACCAAGGCGCGCUCGAAGGAACGCUACAGCCCCGCAAGACAACUCGCCAGCGCCAGCUCCACACGCUUCUCCAGCAGUUGCAGAGCCAUACGAAACCCGCUCCGCCCACGACCCGCACGAGAUGCAAGAAGUGGGCUCGCCCUAUCACGAAAAUGGCUCCAACCAAGAUCCAAACAUCCCAGAUGUUGCGGAAGGCCAAUUCGCCGACUCACCCAACACGCUCAAGCACCGCCAUCUCGUCAACGGCCAGCUGAAAGAGCUGAAAAAGCUUACCAAGCGGAUGUCUCGCCAUCGACGCCAGAACAGUGGACCCGGGCGCCCACAACAGCAUCACCGACGUCAAAACAGCCAGGCGACUGGUAAUUACCUCAAGGCCUACCAGGAGGUCAUGUUCCUGGGUACCUGGCAGUGCCUCAACCCGGCCAGGCGCCGACGUGGGUCUGGGGACCACUUCCGCCUCCUCAUCUAA